AUGAGCAAUAAAGACGGCGAAAGUGAAGGUGAUUUCGAUGAGCAACAAAUUGUGCAGGCAAUAUUAGAAUUAGGAAAUGAAAUUCUAAGAAAUCUAGGAGUUGAGGAAAGGAUCGAUGACCUAGGUGUAUUCUUCGGUGAUGCAUUUUACAUUCAAUUUUUCUAAGCUGCAUUUCCUGAUAUUGAUUUUUCAAACUUGCAGGAGGCAGACACUGAAGAGGGCUAAGCAGAAAAUAUUCAAAAUCUAAUUGAUUUACUUGGAGGCUAAAUUUUAAGAUAUGACCUUAGCCACAUUAGGGGUUCUGAAAUUGUAAAUGGCAACCCUGAGCACUGCAUUAAUCUACUUUAACUAGUACAAGAAAUAUCUGUGAUGCUUGACAAUAGACAAGGCUAGUAAGAUAGUGAUGAAGAAGGAAAUGGGCUAGAAGAUCAAAGUGCUGAAGAAGAGGAUGAUGAGGCUUAAAUAAUUCAUGAAAAGAAAAAAAAGGAAUAGCAGCAGUAGCAACAGCUAUAAGAGUAAUAACAAAGACCUCAGUAGCAAAACCCAAAACCUCAAGAUUCUAAUAAAAAGUCUUAAGAAAAAAGAGGGAGAAGCUAUUCUGAUGACAGAGGAGGCAAAGAUCUAUUUGAUUUAGAAGAUGGAGAUAUUUCAAAUGACUUUAAUGUGAAAAUGGACGAAGAUGAUGAAGAUGAGGAUGAAGAUGUCAAGUAACUACAUAACUAAAUCAGAAAUCCAAAUUAAUAGCAAUAGCAGUAGGAAAAUGAGUUUGAAGAUGAUUAUUAAGAUGACGAUGAUGAUGAAGAAAUUGAUGAAAAUGAUUUAAAGAUGUACGAGUAAUUCCUAGCCCAAAAUAAGUAAGAGUAGCAAUAACUUGCAAUGAUGGGAUAAUAGGAAGAUCUAUAAAACUAAGAUUCUCAGUUCGAAGAUGAUGAUGAUGAGGAAAACGCUCAAGAGCAAUAGAAGUAAUAGCAACGAUAAUAAUAAUAGUAAUUAGAAGUCGAUGACGAAGAUGAUGAUGACCAAGAAAUUGAUCUUGAUAAUAUUGAUUAUGAUCAGAUUGAUCCAUAAAUUUUAGAGCUUGCAGAAAAAAUGUAGGUUCAUCCUAAAGAAAUUCUCAAGCAAAUGCUCCAACUUUAAAAUGAAGGUUAUGGUGACGAAGACGAAGAAGAUGAAGAAGAAAUGGAUGAAGAUGCGCUUAGAGAGCAGCUUAACUUAGCUUAGUAAAAAGAACUUAGUUCUAAACAAAAGUAGGCAGAUUAGCAAAAGCAAGUAUAAUAGCAGCAGUAAUAGUAAUAGCAAUAGAAUUAGCAACCUAAAAAACAGCAGCAGCAAGUUUAAAGGAAGCCAUUACCUCAUGAAUUAAUUCAAGUAGAUAGCGAUCAAGAAUCCUACUAUUCAGAGAAUGAGCUUAUUACUAGAGAUAAAUUAGCUAAUAGAUAAACUUAUUCUGCUCCUUACAUUAUUCUAAAUGAUUGCUUUGAUGAGCCAUUGUGUGACUCAGAAUCUGAAAAGGAACUAGAGAGUGCAAACACCACUGGAUACCUAAAAAAUAUUGAAUAUUAAGAAUAGCUAGCAGAGUAAAUGGCAAACGAAGAGGUCGACCCAAAAACUGCUUAAUUACUUAAACAGUAACAAGAGCAAUAAGAAAUGAUUCGGCAGUAAUAAAUGAUGCAAUAGCAAUAACAAUAACAGCAAUACUAAUAACAGCAGCAACAACAAAAAUAAAAUUCUAGAAUAAAUGAAUCAAACUAAAGUAAUCAAAACAAGAAUAAGCAGAUAAGUUCCUCGGACUAAAAGAAAUAGUAAGCUAGAUAGCAGCAGAUCUUUAAUGAUGAGGAUGAUGAUGAUGAGGAACUUGACAUUGAUGUUGGAUAAAAACUAUAACAAUUGAAAAACUAGCAAAAUGAUGAAGAAGAUGAUAAUUAGGAGGGAGAAGGUGAAUAUGACGAAGAUAUGCUAGUUGACUUGGACUAAUUAGAUGACACCAAUAAAUAGAUGCUGUUGGAGUAUCUUUAGUAGGAAUAUGAGAAAAAUCCAGAUUAAUUCCCUUUCCCAAAAGAGCUACUUGAACAAUAAUAAUAGAACUUCAAGAAAUAAUAAGAAUCAUAAAAAAGACAAGAUACUGAAUCGGUAAGAGAUAUCAAAAGUGAUGAAAUGAUAGUUGAGGAAAAUUCUCAGCAAUAAAAUAAUAUAGUAGGUGGAGAGCAAGAAAUUGAGCAGCAAGAUGAUUAUGAUGAAGACGAAGAAAUAUCACCUGAAUAGUAAUAGUAAUUUUAGUAAAUGCAAAUGCUAAUGCAACAGUAGCAGUAAUACUAAAACUAAAACUAGCAAGACGAAGACUACGGAGAAGAAUAAGAUGAUAACUAGCUUGAUGAAAUCUAAUAGCAGAUGCUCUUACAAUAUCAAUAGCAGUAAAUGAUGUAAUAAUAGCAACAAUAACAGCAGAAAGCUGCAAAUAAAAAACCAAAAGCAGUUAAAAAAGGAUUGAGACCAAAGAGUGCUGGAGUUAAAAAGAAGACUCAGUAACCAUAAAUGAUUCCACCUGCAUAACUUUAGGCCAAUCAAUUACCCUACGAUCAACAGCAAUAGCUAAUUGAGUAUCUAAGAUAAAAUGGCAUCGAUGCUGAAAACAAUGAUCCAAAUCUAGAAUAUAUUUAACAGAUGAUUCUCGCUCAGUAACAAUAAGAAAUGGAAUCUAUUUCCUAAUCAAAAUCUACAAGACCCAGGACUGCUGCUAAAAGGAAUACUUCUUUAAAUAAGAAAAAACCAUAACUAACUUCUGGGAAAAACAUGAAGAAACUUAUGCCCUAUUAAAUGCCCAAAUCAAUCAGAGGACUUGGGCCUAUCACGCCAAGCACUCAAUACAAGUCAUUUAAUACAAACAGGAGUUACAAUUAAACUUUCAGCAAAAAAAAGAGGCCUAAGAGCUCUGGAAAGAAAUAAGCAUUAUCAGUAAACCCUAGUUAAAAUCAAUAUCAGGUACCUUAGGAGUAAUUCAAUGCAUAACCAUUCUAGCAAUAUGAAAUGCCUGUCUAUAAUGAAGAAUACCUAAACCAGUUAUCUGAAGAGCAAUUACAAGAAUUGUUGGAACAGCAAAAGCAAAUGAUGAUGCUAAACUAGUAAUAGGCAAAUUAAAUAAAUACUCAAAUGAAAAAGUCCCUGAGACCAAAAUCUGCAAAGACUACAAAGAGUCUGAAGCAAAAAAUACCGCAAACUUACGCAACAUACAACUAACCAUUCCUUAAUUUAAAGAAGAAAAAUACUUUAGGAAAAGGAAAAAAGAAGAAGAAGAAGAGAAUUACUAUUUAAUAAUAGUUUGAUCAUUAAGGAGUUCUAAUGAAUAAUUACUUCCCAGCUUUAGAGUCUGGAAACUAGCUUAUCGCUAAUAGCCAACUCACAGAGGAGGGAACGAUCUCUAAAGAUUCAAAAUAUCCUAAAUUUUCUAAUGAAUUAGCCAAUAAUCCUAAUAUUUUGGCAGCAGGGCCAAUCCAAUAAGAUCAAAUUGAUGAAGUUUCACCAGAACAAGAAGAAGGUGAAAGCCAAGAAAUCAUAUAAAGACAUCCUAAUUUCUAUCCUCAAAAGUAGUAGCUUUAAUAAUAGUUCAACUAAGUGGCUUAGGACUAGGAUGGAGAAUAUGAUGACGAUUAAUAGCAUGAUUAAGAUCAGGACAUUGAGCAAGAUCAUUUAGACUAAGACUAAUAAGAUCCGACUGGCGAAUAGGAUGAUACUGAUAAUUAAUAAUAAGAAAUUGAACUCACAGAUGAAUAAUUGAUCUAGCUAAUUCAAAAUGCUCAUAAUUUAUCCCCAGAGCAGCAACUUCAACUUCAAUAGAUACUGCAGCAUAAAAUGAAAAAUGAAAUUAUGAAUGAAAGGGCACAGUCCUAUCAAAAUAUCUAUCAAAUUCUAAUGGAUAAUGUUAGAAAAGCAAAGGAUAGACUUGCCCACUUAGCUCAUCCUCACGGCUCUAUUGAUGAUGUUGAAGAAACAGAUAGAAGAAUCCUUAAAUAAAAGUAGGAAUUUGAAGCAUUAUAUAGAUAGUACCACAUGGAGAUGAAAUAAAAGGAGAUGAGAAAGAAAUAAGAUGAAUCAAAAUCUUAGAAAAAAAUCUAGAGAGAGGUUAAAAUACAAACUAUCAAAGAAAAGAAGUUCUAGGACGAGUUGCUAAACCAUUAAAAGAGCUUAAACUACAAGAGAAAUGCCCAGCAAGUCAGACUGUGCCAAAAGGUCUACAAAUUAGCUUCAGAACUUGAGAAGAAUAAGCUACUUGCUGAGAAGAAAGACUUCAAGGAAAACAUCUAGAAGAAAAAACAGCAAAGCAAGCUGAUGGUAGAUGCAUUAGAGAAUUUUUAUAAAAAUAUGAUCACAAUGCUUAAGGAAAAGAUAGAAAAUGAGAAAUUCGAAAGAAGAAUAGCUUCAUAAGCAUAAUAAUAGGUAAUUUAAUUAUAUUUUUAUAAUUUCUAGGCUAUGUCAAGGAUGAAGAGAGAACUUAAUCAUCAGAAGAAGCAAGAGGUCGAGAGAUACUUGCAGCUUCUGAAGCAGGAAGAUGAGAGAUAUGACUUUGAAAGUACUAAUCUCCAGAAGAUGGAGCAGGAAAUAAUUAAGUUGUAUCAGAAGUGA